GGCCUAGUCAUGUGCAGUUCAGUACAUGUAAACAAUGAAAAUUGAAUGCUGAAGGCCUCGACCUCUGAAUAAGACACAAGACACGCUACUCACCACUGCAGCGCUCAAUAUGAAGGGCAUACUCAUCUUUGACGACAAGUCAGAUUUGGCUUUCUUCUGUCUGGACAAAGAGAUGAAGAGAUAUGUUAUUGACAGGAUCAGAACACUAGACAUUGAGGCUGGCUCCAAUGCUGACGAUAUCCCAACGAGGGAUCUCAGGGAUUGCCUGAGUGCGUUCUGUCUGCCUUUCUUCACUUCAUUUGAUGUGCUCCAAUCGCUGAGGAAGCCCAUCUUCAGCAUUUCAGUAGGGGACGGAUUCCUGUUAGUCUUUAGAAAGUUUGACGAGCACGUGUACAUAGCCCUGAGCAAGGAGGGGGACUCGGAGGAAGUACUGACAAAGAAGUUGCUCGUCUUCAACAGAAUAGUCACUCUUCUCUACGGACCAGUGCACAAUAAAUUAAGCUCACCAGAUGUCAACAUGCGUAAGAGUGUGUGGGCGCGGCUCUCCUCUGUGUACAGGACAUACGAAGCCCUCUACCUCACAGACCAGAUCUUCCUGAUAGAGGCGCUGGAGCAUGUCCAGUUUGGUCAGCUGGUGACUGCCUCUAGUGUUGUACAGCGACUGGCAAGGGAAAUCAUGGACUCCAAUUGCAAUGGUGGUCUGUCUGGUAUAAGGCAUGUGAUGCUACUGGUCAACACAAAACUUCUAACUACGUAUGGACGGUCACCCAGAUUAGAAACAUCGGACAUCUUGAUGCUCACCCUUCUGGUGUACCAUCACUUCCAUAACCAUGACGACGAAGAGGAGGAGGAGGAGACGGAAGAAGAGAGUUCAGUGGACAGGGAGACACCAGAGGAGGAUGAGACUAGCACACCACCUGAGGAGAAUGAGACUAACACACCACCUGUUGCCGAGGGAGGAGAGGAGGUCACUGUGAGUUUUCAGACGCCUUGCUCCACUCCUGGUCUCACAGCACGCUCCAGUGACCCUGAUUAUGAGAGUAUUGAUGAGAUGGAGGGAGCAGAACCAGCAGCUGUGGACAGUGUGGGCGGGCCUCUGGAGGCACCACCGUUGCCAAGACGACAACCACAAAUGGCAGAAUCACUCAAAAGGUCCAAAGUGGUCGGGAGGUCCCUCAAUAGCCCGGGGCCAAAAGGUGUGUCUCGGAUAAAGAAUGCUCUCUCCUCGCUACUCAAGAGAGGUGGUCAAGCUGACUACACCCUCCCCACUGGCACUCAACCAGAGAAUGCGUUCUUUGAGAUGACAGUGUUCCUCCAGCCACAGAAGGAUCAGCUGAUUCCACACACCCUAUACUGCUAUCAGGUGUAUCAGAACAUAGUACUGCUGAUGAUAGGGGAUCAGGGGGCAGGGCCUUGCGCUGGUAAUAUCUGUCAAAUCUUGGUCCUCCUUGGCCACGUGUUUGGUAGUAACAGAGCCAUGGCUGCUACCACGACCCUCACGACAGCUGAUCUACUCGAGGACUCUGUCAAGAGAUUGAAGGAGCAGAUAUCGAAAGAAGCGUCCAGCAUCACAGACAGAGAAGUGUUGGAUAAGUUGACCAAGACAACUCGACAAGUCCUGAAUGCAUGGGCCAACCUCAAGAAGCAUAAUUUUCGAGGAUACAUGGAAAAGAAACCCAGUGACAGGAACAAGGGACCAGACGCACAGAGAAACUUCACACGGAUGGAUGCGUGUGCCACUGACCUCAGAGAGAAGCUGAUGAAAGUGUUUGACAUACUCUACCUAGUGCCCAAGAAGAAGGAGUACAACGAGGUGCUGGUGAUGUCCAAGCUAGUCAGACACUUUGCAAACUUCAACAAGGACUACAGUGACUUCUUGUCCCUCAAGGGGGAGGUCAACAUACCCAUGGUCAGUUUCUCGAUGCAAUUCCCUGGCAUGGUGCACUUUAUCUAUGUGGAUCGUUCCUUUGAUGACUCGACCACACCCUCCCUCACUAUGGACGGCCACGCAGGCAACCCGUAUGUGGAGAAGGCUGCUAAGAAAACAGGAGAGAGUGGCAGCGUCUUCCUCAGAAGAAAGAUAUGGGGGAUGGUGCAGCGCGUCCAGCGUUUCCUUGGUCACAGCUACACCAUUCAGACGUGGCUUGAUGAAGACUUCCUGUACGUCUACUUCCUCUGGAUCAACAUCCCCAACAACCCCCUCGGAACUCCCAUUCGGUUCUACUCACUGUCCAAUGUCAAGGCAGGGGACUACAGUAUCCCCGGGGUCAUCGGGACGCCCUUUUAUGCGGAUGUCCAUAAUCUGAAGGAGGGCUACAUGUACGAAUUGUACGCCAUGUUUGAGAACAAAGUGUCCAUCAAGGAAGCGUCAGAUCAUUGUAGAGGGUUGGCAGAUCAGCUGUGGCCUAACUCUAGAGAAUCAGUAGCCCCUUUUAGCCUCAUUAACUGAAUAAUGCUUUUUUUAAAUUAUGAUUGCAAUAAUAUAUACAAUGUACAGGUUUUUAAUGGGAACAAAUAUUCAUGAAUAGUAGCUAUAGAUUAAUGUGGUUCUGUAAUGUUGUUUUAAAAAUAGAUACGGUAGUUGGUAUGCCACUUUAUAACAGUAUUAGCCUGAAUAAUGCAAAACAGGUUUUUUAGUUUCAGUGCAUCUGCAUGGUCAUGUAGUGAUAUUCAUCCACACUAUUAUUGCACUUACAUGGCACAUGAUAUCAAGUUUUGAAUACAUAUGUAGGAAAAUAUCUUAAAAUAGAUGUGAAUAAUAUAAUAAUGCUAACAUGACAUGAAUCAAAUAUAAAAUUCACACGUAAUACAGUUUAAAAUAGACUUACACGGCCACCCAGAAUAAGAUAAGAUCCCCAGGUUAUUAACCCAAACUAACCCAAUAGUAUAUAUAUAAGCUAUAUAGCUUCUCCAGUAGUUCUAAAAAUGUAUAGAAGUAUACUCAAGAAUGCUCCUUUUACAUUACAAGCAUCUGCUCUGCCUGUAUAUCAUCACCAUCACAACUGGUGGUAAGUACAUGAAUCACAGCAGCCCAGAAACCACUGAUCAAUAAAGUCACCAAUACCUCAUACAGCUGCCGUGCUAACGAAACGUCAAUUGUCAACUGGACAGUAAAUGACACACCAUUGAACCUGACCAACUCCCCUAUUUCAGUGGUGUCGUAUCAAUCAAGUGAUUCAAACACACACCAUUUUGAGUCAGUGUUGACCAUACCAGACAACUACACCGAUGACAACAUCACUCUACAAUGCUGCAACACCAACUCAGACUGCUCAUCACCAGUGAUACACACACCCAUCAUCAACUGUGCCAACUCGACAGAGCCACCUCCAAUGAACAAUACUACUGAAGCUAACCUCCCAGCACAGCCAGUAGUUCUUGUCAUUGCAAUUGGAGGAACAAUAACUGCUCUAGUAAUAAUAGCUAUUAUAAUAUUAUUAGUAAUAGCGUUACAAACACGGAAACAAGGACAGUCCCAGAUAACAGAAAAUGACACAAAUUCUCAAUGUUAGACUAGUUGUUUGUCAGUCAAUUUUUACCCCAACUAUAUAUAAUUAUAUCAAGUGUUUUACAUGUGCAGACAGAUCACGAUUAUUCGUUUGUAAAACAGUCAUAACACAAUUACAUCUCAUGA